GGAAACCGACGGCAUCUUUUCUUGUUUGCACCCAACGCGCUUUCGCACUUAGUUCACAGGUCAGACGAAACAUGGAAGUAGAACUCAGCGCGCCGAACGGCAAGCGGUGGACACAGCCGCUUGGCCUGUUUAUCAACAACGAGUUCGUCAAAAGCAGCAAUGGGCAAACGAUUACUUCGGUCAACCCGGCGACCGAGGAGGAGAUCUGCUCCGUCUUCGCCGCGACCGAGGAGGAUGUUGACAAGGCAGUGGCUGCUGCCCGCAAGGCCUUCAAGCACCCCUCUUGGAAAUCGCUGUCGGGCACAGAGCGUGGCGCUCUGAUGGUAAAGCUGGCCGAUCUGGUAGCCCAGCACGCAGAGACCUUGGCUACCAUCGAGUGCCUUGACAAUGGCAAGCCCUACUCAGUGGCCCUCAGCGAGAACGUGCCCGAGGUAAUCAAUGUGUUGAAGUACUACGCCGGCUAUGCCGACAAGAAUUUUGGUCAGGUCAUAGAUGUCGGCCCGGCCAAGUUCGCUUACACGGUCAAGGAGCCUCUGGGCGUCUGCGGCCAGAUCAUCCCCUGGAACUACCCGCUCGAUAUGGCUGCCUGGAAGUUAGGUCCAGCCCUGUGUUGUGGCAACACGGUGGUGCUCAAGCUCGCCGAGCAGACACCCCUUUCUGUGCUAUAUAUGGCCAAGUUGAUCAAGGAGGCCGGCUUCCCGCCCGGCGUGGUGAACAUCAUCAACGGCCACGGGCCGGAAGCGGGUGCAGCGCUGGUCCAGCACCCGAAUGUGGACAAGAUCGCCUUCACUGGUAGCACUGCCACGGGGAAGCAGAUUAUGAAGAUGGCUUCCGGAACCAUGAAGAACAUUACCCUCGAGACAGGCGGCAAGUCGCCGCUUCUCAUCUUUGAAGACGCUGACCUCGAUCUUGCGGCAACCUGGUCUCACACCGGCAUCAUGAGCAAUCAGGGUCAGAUCUGCACCGCCACAUCGCGUAUCCUGGUCCACGAAAAGGUCUGCGACGCCUUCGUUGAGAAAUUCAAGGCCAAAGUAAAGGAUAUCUCAAUUCUAGGCGACCCGUUUGAGGAGAGCACAUUCCAGGGGCCGCAGGUAACCAAGGCCCAGUACGAGCGCGUGCUUGGAUACAUACGCUCCGGAAAGGAAGAGGGCGCAACCAUCAUGCUGGGCGGCGAGGCGGCACCGCACAAGGGGAAAGGCUUCUUCAUCCAACCGACAGUGUUUACCGACGUGAAACCAACCAUGAAGAUUUUCCAAGAGGAGAUCUUUGGGCCCUGCGUAGCCAUUGCCGCAUUCAAGACGGAGGAGGAGGCUAUUGAGCUUGCGAAUAACACGGCGUAUGGUCUCGGGGCGGCCUUGUUCACAAGGGACCUGACGAGGGCGCACAGGGUUGCACGAGAAAUCGAGGCGGGGAUGGUCUGGAUCAACAGCAGCAACGACUCCGACUUCCGGAUCCCGUUUGGAGGCGUGAAGCAAUCGGGCAUUGGCAGGGAGCUGGGCGAGGCCGGAUUGGCGCCGUACUGCAACAUCAAGGCGAUACACGUGAACAUGACGGCCUGACGGGGAACUCUUGUAUAAAGAUACCUAGUAAUUUGAUCAUGGAAUCUGAUUACACAUGUAUCCGUAUCUGGUUUUGUGGUUCCGUUCCCAAUCUGCCUCCGAAACGAAACCGGGAUGCCACGGCCGGGAUCGACGUCAUCCCCCGCAUUGCACCAGCUCGAGUGCGAAGCUUAACUACCCGUUGGCUCCACUUCGGUCCCACUUAAGGGGCCAACUCUCAGGUUGCAGCUGACGGGGGGCUGUCCUUAGCUCACGGGGGGCUUUAUGCAGAAUUUGGGGCGCAAAAACAG